AUGGAUUAAAAAAGAUUCGAGGAAUUAGUAUAAGAUGCAAAAGAUUGCGAUCCUGAUAAAAAAUUUAUGGCCGCAAAUGAUUUAUCAAAUGCUUUAUCAAAAUAUUAACUUUAAGCAAAAGACUAUGAUAAAGUUGUAUCUAUAUUAUUAACUUAAUUAAAUGAUGAAUCUUCUGAAGUUUAAGGAAAUUCUAUUAGAUGUCUUUCAAAAAUUAUUUCAAAAUUAUAAGAAAGUUAAAUAGAGAAUGUGGCUAAGACAAUGAUUUAAAAAGUUAUAGAAGACAGAGGAGAAUAUAAAGAUGUAUAUGCUACUUGUUUAAAAACUCUUAUAAAUGAUGUUCCUUCUAAUUAUGCUAAAUCUGUCUAGCCUGUAUUUUUACAUGCAGUUACCAAGAUGGAAUAAAAUAAAGGAGAAAAAAAUUAUGAAGUUGAAGAAGAACUUUGUGAUAUUUUAAAUAUUCUUUUCAAAAAAUGGGCAUAAGUACUUUCUACUUAAAAUAUGAGUAUGAAAAGCUUGACUAAUAUUCUUAUGAAUAAUAUUCUUAAUAUUGAUAGAGUUUCUUUAAAAAAAAAAUCUUGUAGUUGCUUAGGUAGUUUAGGGCUUCUUUUGCCUAAAGAUGAAGUAAUAAAAACUGUAAACACACUUUUAGAAAAUUUAAAAAAACCUCCUUUAAAUUAAUUAUAUUAUUAUUUAAAAGAAAAAUAAAUUUUUAUUAUUCAUGCUAUAAGUGCUUUAUCAAAAACAGUAUCAAGAAAAUUAGGAGUCUGUUUAAAAUAGAUAGUUUAAUUGAUAGUAUCUAAUAUAUAAGAAUAUAUGACUGGAAUAGAAGAAUAUGAUUAAAUUAUAAUUAUUUCGGAAAUGUUUGAAUUAUAUUUAGGAAUACUAGAAAAUUUAGUUAAAAAUUCACAUGACGAGACAAAAGAAUUUUUCAAUUAAAUAAUUGAUUUAACAUCUGAAUUAAUAAAUUAUGAUCCAAACAGAACUGCAUAAAUAGAUGAUUAAUAAGAAAUGGAAAUCGAAUAAGAUGAAGAAGAUUAUGAUUAUUAUUCAGAAGAUUAAGAUUCAGAUGAAUGUUCAUGGAGAGUAAGAAGAGCAUCUUUAUAAUUAAUAGAAACUUUAGUAAAAAGUGAUAGCGAAUUAAUAAAAUAUAUAUUCGAAAAAUGUAUUUCUUAAAAUACUUAAAAAAAUAUCAUUUAAAGGUUAAUGGAAAAAUAUGAAAAUAUUAGAUUUGCUAAUUUCUAAUGUUUAUAAACAGUUAUUAAGUCAAUAGUUAUUUCUGACGGAAAUUAAGAUAAAAUAGAAGAUGAAGAUUUAGAUUUUGGGUAAACUCUGUUUUUGGUUCGUGUAAAAUCUUCAGAAAUUCAGACAAUUUUCCCCUAAAUAUUAAGUAGAUUGAAAAGUUCUGAUAUUGAUCAAGAAAUAAAAUAGUCUGUUUUAAGUUGCAGUUCUUCCCUUUUACUUAAUGUUCAUUUAAAUUUGAAUGUUUAAUAAUUAGAGGAAGUUUUUAGUGCAGUCAGUGAAAAAAUAAAGAGCGAAACUAAAAAGAUUCCCGUUUUAAAAUUGAUUAAAAAAGUCCCUGUUUCAAUCACCUCAUAAAUUUAAAGUAGUAGUACUAUUUUGGCUACUUUAAAUAAAAUUUCUUUGGAUAUUUCAGACUUUUUAUAAAAAUAAGAUAGAUCUUUAAGAGUCUCGUCUUUGGAAGCUUUGGAGAAUUCUUAAAUAGUUUCCUCUACAUCUUCCUUUAAUUCCCUAUAUGAUGUUUUUGGAGAAUUAUCAGCUAAAAAUGUGCUUAAUAGAAAAUAAUGUAUAGAUAAAUUAUAUGAAAACUCAAAUAAAGAUUCUUUAAAUUCCAUUUCUAAGGCUAUUUGUGCUAUUAUUUUAUAAUCAACUGAAAAUGACUUUUUGGACUUUUUAUGCACAUCAGCCUGUAAUAUAAAUGAAAAUAGUCUCAAGAGAUAGGUUUCUUUAUAUACUUUAGGCGAAUUAGGUAGACAUAUAAAUCUAUGUAAUGUAAAUAAUAUUCUUAGUAAAGUAGAGGAAAUUGUCAAUAAUAACAAAAAUAAUAACGAAGAUAUUCGAAUUGCUGCCUCAUUAGCUUUAGGAGGUAUUGCAUUUGGGAAUUUAGAGUAGGUUUUACCUUAAGUAAUAUAGACUAUUAAUAUAGGGUAAGAAGGGCAGUAUUUAAUGUUGAAUGCCUUGAAAUAUACAACAGCCAGUUCUUUUAAAUAUUUUUGUGUUAAAAAUGUUAAAGUCGAAAAUGAAAUUAAAGAAUUAACUUUUGAAUUGUUAGAGAAUAUCUAAGAUUCCAAUUUUAGGACUAGGGCAGCUAUUUUAAAGUCUCUAAAUGUAAUUGCAUAUAAUAUUCCACAAGCGAUAUUACCUCAUGUUAGUAAAUAAGAGUUCUUCUUGCCUUUAUAGAAAAGCUUGAAGCUGUUUUAGGUUAAAGAAAUUGAUUUUGGACCGUUUAAAUAGAAAAAUGAUGAAGCUGAACCGGUUAGAAAUGCAGCAUUUUCACUAGUAGAUACUGCUAUUGAUCAUUUACAUUAUAGAGGAGUUGAAAAUUUCGAAAGGGAAAUUAUUUAAGAGGCUUUAGAUUAAUUUGCAUGUGAAUCUUCAGAAGAUAUUAAAAUUUUGAGAUUUUAAAUUAUUAAAAAAUUGGCUUUAAAAGUACCUCUUAAAGUUACUCCUUUCUUAGAUAAUAUUUCAGAAGUUUUUCUUAAUGUACUUAAACCUUAUGCUAGUAAAAGUGAUGGUGAUAGAGCUGCUGAUAUGAUUAGAAUUGGGUUAAAGACUGUUGUGACACUUAAAAAUAUUGCUGAAGAUGAAAAUAAUUAGAAAUAUAUAUAAUUUUGGGAAUUAGUUAUGAAAACCGAGAAAUUUAAGAAUAUUAUUAAUUAAAUGUUUAAUUGA